UCUAGAAUGCAGAGAUUGAGCUUAACAGGCAUUCUGUUGAGAGCUUGGAAGACAGGAAAGCCAAGAGUGAUGUACACAGAUGGACUGUUACAGAUUUCUGCAUUACCUACUGCCUGAAGAAGUCAAAACCUCCUCUGAUGGAGACUGGGCACAGCACUAACCUGAGAAGGCAAACCUGAGCUGGUGGGAUAGUUUGAGGUAGGGUCUCACUGGCAUGAAACUUGACAGAUGACUGUGGUCUGAUUUUGGAAUGCAGAUGCCAACUUGGGGCCUUGGUACCCAACUCAGCCUAGGAGCAGCGGUCUAUAGAAGGUAUAACGAAGGGCUGGGCCCGUCUCCACCACCCUCCUCAGGCUUCUACAGUGGGUUCUUGAUGAACUUGGUCGUCUUCUGCCAGCAACUCCUGGGCAGGAGACAUGGCUCUGGACAUCAGAUGGGGACGGAGAAGACAGAACUUCCACCCACUGAGCAGAGCAUUGCUGCUGAAACUCACAGUCAUUAUCAUCUCCGUGCUUCUGUUUUGUGAAUAUAUCAUCUAUUACAUAGUCAUCUUUCGGUGCCGAUGGCCUGAGGUGAAGACGUUAGCUCAUGGUGAUAGGCAGGAGCCGGUGCUGAAGGCCAUGUUUCUGGCUGACACUCAUUUGCUUGGGGAAAUACGAGGCCACUGGCUGGACAGAUUACGGAGGGAGUGGCAAAUGGAGAGAGCCUUUCAGACAGCUCUGUGGUUGCUGCAACCAGAAGUCGUCUUCAUUUUGGGGGACAUCUUUGAUGAAGGGAAGUGGAGCACCGCCCAGGCCUGGGCAGACGAUGUGCAGCGGUUUCAGAAGAUGUUCAGGCAUGACAGCCAUGUGCAGCUGAAGGUGAUCAUUGGCAAUCAUGACAUUGGCUUCCACUAUCAGAUGAGUAAAUACAGAAUAAAACGAUUUGAGAAAGUGUUCGGCUCGGAAAGGCUGUUUUCUUGGAAAGGAGUUAAUUUUGUGAUGGUCAACAGCGUCGCGAUGGAAGGGGAUGGCUGUAGCAUCUGCUCUGAAGCGGAAGCCGAGCUCAGAGAGAUUUCUCGGAAACUGAAUUGCUCGCGAGAGCAGGUGCAGGGAUCCAGCCGGUGUGAAGGUGAGCAGCGGCUCCCCUUUUCCGCCCCCGUGCUGCUGCAGCACUACCCGCUCUAUCGUGCCAGCGAUGCUAAUUGUUCUGGGGACGAUGCGGCACCCCCAGAGGAGAAGAACGUCCCCUUCAGGGAGAAAUAUGAUGUUCUUUCUCGGGAGGCCUCACAAAAGUUGCUGUGGUGGCUCCAGCCUCGCCUGGUUCUGAGCGGCCACACCCACAGCGCCUGUCAGGUGCUCCAUCCCGGAGGAGCCCCCGAGGUGAGCGUCCCAUCCUUCAGUUGGAGGAACAGAAACAACCCCAGCUUCAUCAUGGGCAGUCUGACAUCCAGAGACUUUGCUCUCUCCAAGUGCUACCUCCCACUUGAGGACAGGGUGCUGAUCACGUAUGGCGCAGCGGGUGGCUUCCUGAUGAUCCUCAUCUUAGUGCACUUUGAACGCCUGCCUUCAUCUUUCCUGUUUGGUUGGAAACUGUGCAGAAUGCACACGAGAAGAUGAAGAGCCGGUGACUGUUGCAUAUGGUAAUAUAAAUCAAAGCCAGAGACUUAGGACUUCCGGUGGGGCUCCUGUGAGCCGCGGAGGAGAGCAAAUGUUGGUUGUCCUUACACACAUCAUGGGAAUUCCGAAUCAUCAGUGCCAGUGACUGCAGAAUAAACAGUUGACUGUACUGUUCUCAUGCUAUAAAAAUGGAACAUGUGCUCUACAACAAAUUUGUCUUUUGUUUUAUCAAAUAUAUGUGUCAUCAAAGGUUGCAUCUGUACAGUAUAUAAAUGUUAUGGACACUGGUCACUUGCAUGCACAACACCCAGUCCUUGCUUCCCCAGGGAAGGGCCCAGCAGCUCUGGCGCACACUUGAGGCUAUGUGUGUACCUAAAAGUUGGAUUUUCCCUGUCCCUCUAUGAAGUGGGUCUCAGUUUCUUAUAGAUCGUGAAGCUGUAUGCUCAAAAGUACAGACUCAAUGUGCAGGAACAUGUGUGUUAUAGGCUCUUGUGUUUCCGUGCUAAUGGAACCAGACUUUUAGUUUAAUUUUCUCUCUCGAAGACCAUGUUGUCACAUCUGAAUUCAGUGCCUGUUGAUGACUAAAACUUGAAAAAAUGGAGGAGGACAUGGAUGCUUGAAUUUAAAAAUAAAUGGUGUAAAUAAUUUUGUCAGAUUAAAGCAUAUUCUUUUUUCCUAAA